UUCAUUUAUGGAAAAUCGAAGUUUAUUGUUGUAAUGAAGACAAAGUAUAUAUAAAACGUCUUGUUCUUCAGCACUUCACUUAGUACCUAACAUUGAGAUCUCACUUUAGGUUGAGGUCUAUAUUGAUUAAACGCCUAAUGGCGUUCCGGCCGAUAUGGAAUCGAAUCAAACGUGAUCACCAACGUGCUGGCAGGUUCGGCUACCGCCUAUUCGCUUUCGCAACAUGGAUUCCUGUGGUUUCUAUGUUCAACCACUAUAUUGGGGAACUAGCUUGGAUUAACGGGCCGUCAAUGUAUCCGUUUUUGAAUGCGGAAAAGGAUCAGACGACUCGGAGUGAUGUGGUGAUCAAGUAUAAGUUGAAUGCGCCGUAUGGGCUGCGGCGAGGCAUGAUUGUCAUUUUCUGGAACCCCUAUGAUCCAGAGGUUGAGGCUGUUAAGAGGAUUGUAGGACUCGAAGGCGAUAUCAUAAGGACGCGAAGUCCGUAUCCCUCUCCUACCGUCCGCGUGCCAAUGGGGCAUGUCUGGGUUGAGGGUGACGGAGGCGAGCGCUUGAGCAGGGACAGCAACGAUUAUGGACCAAUUUCGACAAAUCUCAUAACUGGCAAGGUCACUCACGUCGUGUGGCCCCUACAUAGAUUCGGUAGAGUUAAGUGGUGGGAAUAUGCAGGGAAUAUCAGGGAUUAAACAACGAAAUAAUGAGAGUUACCUCCAACCGUGUCACAUGUGUGAUGCCAACUAAUUGCUAGUAUGCAGAUAACCCUAAGAUGUUGUAAUCCGACCUCCCGGUCUACCGGUACACAUAGAUAAGAGAUAAGGUAAAGCCGGAUAAGACACCCACCAACUCGGGCGCGAGGCCCGUGAUAAACCGCGCGUAAACCGAUAAGGUCGAUUAGGUACAAUUUAGUGCUAUUAGUACAUAGAAAAUUUCCCACCAUCUAUCU